GCAAAUUCGGGUAUUUACACUUUUUGUUUUGCCUACUUGGAUUACUGAUUUCUGUGAACUGGAGUAGUUGGUCAAUACGAAUUUAAGCGCACUGGAUGCACUUUUUUACUUUGAACACCACAAAUAUAAGUAUUUGAGUGAAAAUGCACUACGUUGUUGUUUUUCUAGCGCUGUUUCUCUCAUGGAGUACGCCCAACGCGGUAGCGGAGAAUAUUUGCUUAAAAUAUUUGCGGGAGUUAGCUCAAAACCAGAGCGCAUUCGUGCAAUGUUCAACUUUACAUUCGGUGCCAGUGAAUCUUUGUAUAGGCUGUAAAGAGCAAUAUACCGAUAUGCAUGCGACCUACAUGAGACUACGUGAAGAGAAGAAUUGUACGGAAAAGUUCUUUGAUAAAGAUCGCAUCAAUAUUGUAUCUACAACGCAAUCAAUACUUGCUGGCUUGUGGACAAAAGCUUACUGUGAUGAUUGCUUUACCAGUAAUAAUUGGCAGGUAUUUGAUAAUAAAAGUGACGAGUUUGAAAAGUGCCUCUUCGAACAGAAAGGCAAAGAAUGUUUGAGGUGUUUGUCAGACUAUCUCGACCUCAAUGGGUUUUAUGAAUCUUUGGAUGAAAAAAAUAAUGGAAAUAUUUGCUUUGACAUGCAAGAUUCGAUGAACAGAACAAGAGCACACUGGUCCAAAGAUUUAGGUUGCUGUCAUCGCGAGUUCGAUAAGUUGCUAUUUCUUGUUAUCUGUGGAAUGGUAGGAUUUCUACCGCUGUUAUUUUACGGCACCACGUUCGCAUUAACAAAACGACAAGAGCGCAAUCACGAUAUUCUAAUAGAAGACCCUCACAAUAGUCGACCGACAAGAGUAAAUCCAAGCAGCUCCGUAGCCGAUUUGCCGAGCACAUCAUCUGCAGCUACAUGCCCAGCCGUGCCUCCCGCAAGUGAUCAGCUAAAGGAGGAAGAGUUUACAAAUUCCGAUGAUAGUGAUUUUGAAGAAACUGCAAAUCAAUUAGUCUCGAAAAAACGUAACAAAAACGAGUAGCUUUGCUUAUACUUACCAUUAUUCAUUGUAAUAUUAAAAAGCGUUUUUAGCAAAAAAAUGCAACUUUUGAAAACAAAAACACAAAGUGUACUUUUAUAAGAAAAAAUUAAAUUUAUUAAAAAAAUAAGAA